GUUAGACAUAAUGAGUAUCUUACUUCCUGUUUAAUAUGUAUUAUAGACGAUAGUUGUCCUGAUAGAAGUGAAUCGGUAGCUGCUAUGGUAAAAUGUAACAUCUAGAUGUACACUUGAACUACAGCUGAUAUGUUAUUACUUUUACUCAGUCACACAGUUGUUUUAUUAAGAGUUUCAGCUCAACAUAAUCUAACACCGUUUGGCACAGCUACUCAAAGUUCUAAUCAUUCGAUCGGAGUUCCUCAAAAAGCUUUACAACCACCUGUAUCAAAUGCGUAUUCCAUUAAUAUUUGUUCACAUACAGGCAUUGUCAGCAAAACACCAGCUUGGUGGAUGUUUCAAUUCUCAUUCGGAAUUUCUUUCAUCACAGAUAUCACAAUUUACUACAGAGAAAGCUAUUCCUAUCGAAUGGAUGGAUUUAAGUUAUAUGUGAGCAACACAUCAACCAUUCCCCCUGAUGGUUAUCUUUGCUAUGAGGAUCCUGAUCCAGGUCUGCCAAACAUCACACAAACUAUUCCUUGUAAUCAACUUGGACAAUAUGUCAUUUAUUACGAUACUAAACCUGACAUUAGUUAUGGACCUAUAAUUGAACUUUGUUAUGUUGCCAUUUAUGGUUGCCGAAAGGGUUUUUGGGGAAGUAACUGCGAGAAAGUGUGUUCCGAGUAUUGCAUAGAACGACAUUGCUACCCUGGAAAUGGGUCUUGUAUUUUUGGAUGUAAUACUGAUUACUGUUUGCAUGAUAAUUGCAAUAAAUUUACCGGUAUUUGUACCGAUGGUUGCAAGGAAAGACGAACAGGAGACUAUUGUAACAAGUAUAACUUGGCAUAUGACAGUUCAGUCCUUAUAAAUCCAAACAGUAGUUACCCAGGUAGUCUAGCAAAUGAUGGAAGUAAAAUAUCCUGUUCUAAAACAAAAGGGCCUACCGUUACAUUUCAAGUCGACCUUAAAGAAGAAAGCAUUGUAACAGGAGUGUACAUUCUGUUUGGCGAACAUAAUACAAAGGUCGGUAGCCAUUCCCUUUAUGCAUCAAAUACAAGCAAUUCUUGGAAAACUGGGACAAUUUUAUUCGAAGACCAAUUUUUGCCUACAAGAAUCAACGUUAGUGCAGUUUUAAGAUAUUUGACUUAUGUACCUCCAAGUCAGGGAACAUCUGCAGAACUCGAAGUUUGUGAAAUUGGAAUUCUUGGUUGUCCACCUUCAAAUUAUGGUACUGUAUGCAAUAAACUGUGUCCAGGUAACUGUAACGGACCUUGUGAUCUUGAAACUGGCAAGUGUAUAUUUGGUUGUCUAAACGGAUGGAUCGGUAAUAAUUGUGAACAAGCAUGUCAGGAUGGUAAAUAUGGUAAAAAUUGUCUUGAAACAUGUUCAGCAAACUGUGUAAAUCCUCAAUGUAAUAAAAUGACCGGAGAAUGUAUAGGAGGAUGCAAUGAUGGUUGGCUGGAUUCUAAUUGUACACAAAAAUGUCCAUUUGGUAAAUUUGGGAAAAACUGUUCAGAGUUUUGUCACGGAUGUAUAUCACAUAUGUGUGAUCAUGUUAAUGGUAUAUGUGAUAACUCAACUGCAUGUAAACCUGGAUAUGUGUAUGAUAAGUACUGUAAUACAACAUGCAGGAAUGGUUUAUAUGGUAGUAACUGUCUUCAAAUAUGCUCAUCAUUUUGCUUACAUGCACCUUGUAAUCAUAGAACAGGAGAUUGCAUAGAUGGAUGUAUUCUAGGAGUGCAUGGAACUAAUUGUAUGCAAGUUUCUGUAAAAACAGCAGAAAGGGUUAUUGACGUCGCUCUCCGGAUUGGACUUUUUAUUGGAGGUGUUCUGUUAGGAAUACUCAUAACAGUUGCGGUGUGUUUUGUAAUUAGGAAAAAACGACAAUCAAAGAAAAGGCAAGGCAAAGAUAAUGUGUCAAAGAAAAGACAGAGGUAAGUUUGUUAUUAAUAACUUAAUAAAAC